CCAUGCCGCUUCGUUGUGGACCCAGCGGUGGUCGGGAACGUGUCGACGAAAGUGUCGGCCGCGUACGUCAUGGCCAACAACUACGCCGGCAACUCUACUCUCCUGGAAAUCCCCACGUCUUUCUUGAAUUGGGAGGAAGCGACCCAGAAGUGCCAGAGCCUCAACAUGAAACUCGUCUCGUACCCGCUGACCAACAGGGACCGUGCCAUUUUGACGAUCAGGAAACUCCCAUGGUUCUACGUGGACCUGAAACGCCAGACUGACGGCACCUACGCUUCAAGCAACCAAGCCAUGGUCCUGCCAAGCAACUAUGGAUUCAAAUGGUCCCCCGGCAACCCAAACAUGGGAAAUGAAGUGUGUAUGGGAGUGGGAGGCACUCCAAUGAUGUCGUUCGACAUUGCCUGCACUAACAAGCACCUAUACACACUGUUUUGCAUGGUGUGACGAGUAACUGCAGAGACAGGAAGUUUAAGUCGGGAAGGUGCUCAGUGAGAUAUCGUUGCUCGUUGCGGCGAUUUAAGACUUUUGUGAGGAAUUUAUGGAGCCUCGCAUAUUCGGACAUAAAAAAUACUAUAUCAAACGAUAUUGUUUCAAAUCGUCGAAUUCUUGCAGCUUUGGUCUCAAUAUUAUGAUUACAUAAAUUUGGGACAUAUAAAAGUUUUUAACAUAAACACAUUUCUUACGGUAUGAACUUGUAUGUCUGAGUUAAAUUCUUACAUCGUAUAUGAUUUAUUUUCUUUUCUAUUGUUGAAUUAAUGCUUCAACGAUAUACGGCGCGAAGAAAUUGCUUGCAAACGACAGAAAGUAAUAAUUGCUGAAAAAUAAUUCCUACUGUAAUUUAUAUUGAGUAUUGUAUUUCUCACCAUUGUCAUUCUUCGCAGCAAUCGUUCGGUAGCGCUGUGCAAAGCCUAUCUUGACAAAAAUCUGUAUUAUAUGAAAUGAAAGGGUCAUAACAAAGUUCUUUUUAGUUUAUUGAUGGAUCCGAAAGUUAUCAAUUACGUGACUUGGACAUUCAAAAUAAUUUUCUAUAAGUUUGUGAGUAUAGUUGUUGUAAGCCUG